AUGAUAUUCCGGAACUGCAGACUGGUACACACUCUCGCACCCUUUGGUGGCUUAGCUGAGAACAGGCCAUCUGGUGGGGCCAGACCAUGGGUGGACAGCGAGGCCUUGGCUGUGGUGCCUCCCGUUGUGACCCCUCCCAAAGGCUCAGUGUUUGCCGUCCUGGGGCUUUUCUGGGCCUGGGAACAGGUCCAUUUCUCCAUUAGAGAAAUGAGGUGUGAAAAGCCCAACCUUAACCUUAAACCUAGGCCUAACCUAACGUUGUUCAACACGGUGCUGGUUCUGGUCGGCCGCACUGACCAGACUUUACCUGGUGCCUUCAGGGUAUCCUUGCCCUGCCUGUGUCAGAGGAUCCACCUCGUAUUCCUGGACGUGGCCUGGGGCUCUGCAGAAGUGGGUCUGCAGAAGCGGGACCCAGGCCCAGGGCCCCUCCUCAGCUCCCCACCCCCAUCCCGCCUCCCUGCUGGCUGUGGUGGAAUCGGCCUCUCCAGUUUCUGCCCAGGGCCCUGUGUGUGGCACCAGCAGCUGCCGGCUCACGUCGGGCUCCCUAGCACCACGAUCCAGGGUGCCAUGGAGACCAGCGGGCCCCUCUGGGGCUGGGAUGGGAAUGGCGAGGAUGAAUGGGCGGGUGCNGCGAUCGUCCUGCUGGCUCUGGCUGUGGUGGCGGCCACGGCGCUGGCUCUGCACUGGUUUGGAUCCGGGCAGGACCAGAACGUGUCGGGACCGGUGUCGGCAGCCCCCAGGGCCCAGCUUGCUAAAGCUGGAGCAGCCAGGACGAGCCUGCAUGCCAAGUCCAAGGUCAGUGGCUUCGAGGGACAGAGCUUGGGGAGGGGGAAGCCAGAUCCUCCAGGAAGAGGCCAGGGGAGCCCUGCUCCAGCUGGAGCCCACGACCAGGGCUCCCCACAGGGCGGAGGUCUGGCCCUGCUUCCCCUCAAGACUCCCAGCGAGGUGGCCAGCAGAGGGGCUUUGGGACGGCAGCGCGACACCACCCCAGGAGCCUCCUGCAGGGACGGAAGGGGGACUCCCAAGCCAGACGACGAUCUCCUGGGUAGAAGCAAAGCAGAGGGGACCUCCGCACCCCUCCUAAUCCACUUCACCCCUCGGAGUUCUGGCUGUGAGGUGGAGCUACAGGUGGACGCCGGCGAAAUGGGCGCGGGGGGCAAAGGCCGGAGUGGUCGGCGGCGGCGCGGGGACAUGGGCUCGGGGAACAGAUGCGGACGCCCCUCCAGGCCAGACCCUCUGCGCCUGGGCUCCGCCACCAGUGUGUGGGACGCGGUGGACGCAGCUGCAGCUGCCCGGGGAACUCAGGGGGCCCGGGGUCCUAUGAAGGGCUGGUCCUGGGUAAACCCUGACCCCGGGAAGGCACAGGCUGAUGCCUCCGGGUUGGGCGGGACCGCGAUGCGAGGAGACCCCCGCGUCGGAGAGGGCACAGGGUCCCCGAAAGGCGAAGGCAGCAAGCAGGCGGCCCAGGGGUCCUGCCCCGGCCAGCUCCGCGUAGCCCCUGCCCCUUCAGACCAUUUGCCCCAGGCGCCUUCUAAGGGCGAAAAUCGCAGGGCAGCGCCAGCCCCCUCUUCAGCCCUAGUGCCAGCCUCAGCCCCAGCCCCAGCAUCAGCCUCAACUCCAGCUUCAGCCCCAGCCCCUUCCCCAGCCCUAGCUCCAACCCCAGCCUCAGCUCUAACUUCAACUCCAGCAUCAGCCCCAACCCCAGCCCCAGAAAGGGGGUCAAGGCCUGGGUCUCGGGAGCCCAGUGUGGGUAUCUCCAAGGGCUACCAGGAAGGGCAGAUUUUAACCAGCUGGGGAAACCUUAUUGCUAUGGUUCUUAGAAACCAUCCCUUGCCCAGGCAGGAGAGGCCCCAGACAAGUGCUCCAAGGGCAGCUCCUGUAAACCCUUUGGACCCUAGCACUUCCACACGCUCUAAGGACAGAUGCUCCGGUUCCCACUUGGAAGAGGCUGUCUCCAACCACCAGGACAGGCAUAGCUGUUCUUUGGGGAUAGCCACACAAGCAGGCACAGGGGAUCUGGCUGGCGCUGGAUGUCAACCACAGCCAAUGAGCUCCAAGACCAAUGGGGCACCCUCCCCUGCCCUGCCUCCACGCCCAGGAGGAGAUGGAAGCAAAGAGAAACAUGUGGGCAUGCUGCCCCCAGCUGCAAUGCCGGGGGCUCUCUCACAGCCGGCUGUGCAGGUGCAGCCUGGCCCAACCCCCACUGCAAGGCGGGACUGCCAGCCUCUCCUUAGGCCCAGGAAACACAGCAUGUGUGAGACAGCACAGAGCUUGGAGCAGGUGGUCAGCCAGGCAGCGCCUGGGCAGCACCAGGGGCAGGUGUCAGGGAAUGGAGUCGGUUCAGCAGGAAGGAGGGAAGUCCUCACAGAGAAGCAGAAAGAGGCCCAGAAACUCAUGGUUUUUCUGCAGAGGCCUGGGAGCUGGGGGGUGGUUGAGGGACCCCAGAAUCCCCGCUCUCAAACCUCAGAGUCUACCACAGCCACGGCUCUGUGGCCUCAGCGGCUAGACCUGGGCAGCUGCCUGGAGGUGCUGGCCUUCGCCCAGCAGCAUAGGGAGCCCAGCCUGGCCCAGGAGACCUACGCCUUGAUGAGCAGCAACCUGCUGCACGUGCUGGGUGACCCGCACCUCUACCGGCAGCUGAGUGGGGCUGAGCGGGAGCGUAUCCUGAGCCUGCGGACCGGCAGGGGCCAGGCAGUGCUGGGGGUCCUUGUGCUGCCUAACCUCUACCAGGUGGGCCGCCCAGGGCUGGUGAGCGGUCCUCACGGAGAGGAGGUGCCUUUGACCUGGCCGGCACCCGUGCCUGCUCGCACACACCUGCACGUGUUCAACCCCCGAGAGAACAUGUGGCGGCCCCUGGCCCAGGUGCCUGAGGAAGCCCCACUCCGGGGCUGUGGCCUCUGUACCAUGUACAACUACCUGUUCCUGGCGGGUGGCAUCCGUGGCUCUGGUGCAAAGGCUGUCUGCUCCAAUGAGGUCUUCUGCUACAACCCUCUGACCAACAUCUGGAGCCAGGUUCGGCCCAUGCAGCAGGCCCGAGCCCAGCUCAAGCUGGUGGCCCUGGACGGGCUCCUCUAUGCUAUUGGAGGUGAGUGUCUGUACAGCAUGGAGCGCUACGAUCCACGCACAGACGCCUGGACCUCGCGGGCGCCCCUUCCUGCGGGCACCUUCCCUGUGGCCCACGAGGCUGUGGCCUGCCGUGGUGACAUCUAUGUCACAGGAGGUCACCUCUUCUACCGUCUGCUCAGAUACAGCCCCCUGAAGGACGCGUGGGACGAGUGCCCCUACAGUGCCAGCCACCGGCGCUCCAGUGACAUGGUGGCCCUGGGGGGUUUCCUGUACCGCUUCGACCUGCUUCGGGGAGUGGGUGCAGCUGUGAUGCGCUACAACACGGUGACGGGCUCCUGGAGCCGAGCUGCCUCGCUGCCACUGCCGGACCCUGCCCCACUGCGCUGUGCUGUGCUGGGCAACACCAUCUACUGCCUCAACCACCGGGUCACGGCCACCUUCACAGUCUCUGAGGGGACUGCUCAGUUCCAGGCCAAAGGACUGCAGCCCUAUCCUCUGGGGAGUAAAGGGGUCCUGUGUCCCUUCGUCCUGACUCUGCCCGCCGAGGCCUGGUUGCAGACCUCACUCUGAAUGCUGGCAGAGCCCAGGGAGACCCUCCAUCCCAGCGGGUCUGCAGUGAGGUGGAGCAUGGGAGGAAGCUGGGACGGAACUUCAUGACACCUCUCCCUCUCUGCCAAAAAGUUCUCAACUGUUUCUAGAGCGAGAUCCCUUCUGUGUCCCUGCCCCAGCCCAGGCUCUACAUGGCCUCCUUACCCACCCACACCCUGGUUUCCU